AUGUCCCGCAACCUCCAUGAUGCAUCCAUGGUUGAAAGACAUGAACAAUGGAUGAAAAAAUAUGGUAAACUAUAUAAGGAUGCUGUUGAGAAGGAAAAACGUUUCCUCGUAUUCAAGGACAAUGUUCAAUUCAUUGAAUCUUUCAAUGCUGCUGGGAACAAACCGUACAAGCUUGGCAUCAAUCACCUAGCUGACCAAACCAAUGAGGAAUUUAUUGCUUCCCAUAAUGGAUACAAGAGAUCGCAUGAGUUGAGAAUAACAACACAAACACCAUUUAAGUAUGAAAACGUUACUGAUAUUCCUACUGCAGUGGAUUGGAGGCAAAAUGGAGCUGUUACUCCAAUCAAGGACCAAGGCCAAUGUGGUAGCUGCUGGGCAUUUUCAACAGUUGCUGCAACAGAAGGUAUCUACCAGAUAACUACAGGUAAGCUAGUGUCCCUCUCAGAGCAAGAGUUAGUGGAUUGUGACAGUGUGGAUCAUGGAUGUGAUGGAGGUCUCAUGGAAGAUGGCUUCGAAUUCAUUAUAAAAAAUGGUGGAAUCACCACUGAGGCAAACUACCCCUACACUGGAGUUAACGAAACUUGUGACACAAACAAGGAGGCUUCUCCUGAAGCUCAAAUAAAAGGGUAUGAAACAGUACCUGCUAAUAGUGAGGAAGCGUUACAGAAAGCUGUGGCAAACCAACCAGUGUCGGUUUCCAUUGAUGCUGGAGGAUCUUCUUUCCAAUUUUACUCAAGUGGGGUUUUCACAGGGCAAUGUGGAACUCAACUAGACCAUGGUGUUACUGCAGUUGGUUAUGGUAGCACCGAUAAUGGUACUGAAUAUUGGAUAGUGAAGAAUUCAUGGGGUACAGAAUGGGGUGAAGAAGGAUACGUAAGAAUGGAACGAGGCAUAGAUGCCAAAGAAGGUCUAUGUGGCAUUGCAAUGGAUGCCUCAUACCCAAUUGCUUAA